AUGACGGCAGAAGAAGAAAAAGAAUGCGUCGAUCAUGUAAUCGCUUUCAAGGGCACAACCGAUUCGGGGAAGGGGAUUGGUGUCUCGGACUCAUCAGAUCCAAAAAGGCCUUCAGAGAGCAACACAAAAUUUGCCGAAGCUCCAGAGCCAACCGAGACAGAGUAUGAAUAUGUCACGGGUGUCAAGCUGUGGCUUGCUGCCGUCGCAGUUACUUUGGUCGCCUUCCUCGUGAUGUUGGAUCUGUCGAUUAUUGUAACGGCUAUCCCUCGAAUCACAACCGACUUUCAUUCCCUCGGCGAUGUGGGCUGGUAUGGCAGCGCAUAUAUUUUAUCAAAUUGUGCCCUUCAACCAUCAACCGGAAAAAUUUACUCGAACUUCGGCUCCAAGAUCACUUUCAUUGCUUUUCUCAGCCUUUUCGAAUUUGGGUCCAUGAUCGGUGGUGUGGCUCAGUCUUCGAGCAUGUUCAUUGUUGGGAGGGCCAUUGCCGGAUUGGGCGCCUCUGGUCUCACUAACGGGUCGCUCACUAUCAUAGCAGCAAUUGCUCCGAUGCAUAAACGACCCGCAUUGAUGGGCAUCAUCAUGGCAAUUGGCCAAUUUGGUAUUGUUGGUGGCCCCUUGAUCGGAGGGGCGCUGACCCAGUACGUGAGCUGGAGAUGGUGCUUCUAUAUAAACCUCCCAAUUGGUGCCAUAUCCGCAAUACUUCUGUCUCUCAUACAUAUACCCGAUCGUCUCGACAAAGACAGAACCGAAAAGGGCACAGUUCUUGCAACACUUUCAAAACUCGACAUUGGGGGGUUCGUCCUCUUCGCGCCAUGUGCAAUCAUGUUCCUCAUGACACUCGAGUGGGGCGGAACCAAAUAUCCUUGGAAUAGUGCGAUUAUUAUCGGACUUCUCUGCGGGGCAGCAGGCACAUUUAUUAGCUUUGUGGUAUGGGAAUAUCGACUCGGGGAUGAGGCCAUGAUCCCUUACUCGAUGCUGCAGAGAAGGGAAGUCUGGUCGUCUUGUCUGGUCACUGGUUUCUUCUUUGGUAACCUGCUCACAUUUUCGUACUACUUGCCGAUAUACUUUCAAGCUGUGAAAGGGGUGAAUCCUGCCCCGAGUGGAUUGUGCAUUCUACCUGGCAUAGCGAGCCAGAUAUUGAUGGCUGUUAUAUCUGGCGUUUUAGUUGGUAAAUUGGGAUACUAUCUCCCAUGGAUCGCAGCGAGUGGGGCAAUUGUUUCUGUGGCAUCAGGCUUGGUAUCGACCUUCACACCACGCACCACUACUGCAAAAUGGGUGAGCUACCAAUUCCUUGCAGGUAUUGGUCGAGGCUGUGGUAUGGCAAUGCCCAUCGUUGCCAUCCAGAACGUCGUCCCACCAGCACAGAUCCCGGUAGGAAUGUCUCUUGUGGCCUUCAGCCAAAACUUCGGCGGAACUCUUUUUCUCACCUUUGCACAAACGAUCUUUAGUCGCAGUCUUAUCGACGGCUUGAAGGAGUUUGCCCCUACAGUUGACGCCCAAGCUGUGAUCAUUGCUGGCGCUUCGGCGAUCAAACGAGUUGUGAAACCGGAUCAGGUCAAGGGGGUGUUGGAAGCGUAUAAUCUAGGUCUCAACCGGAACUUCUAUCUUGCUGCCGGGGCUUCAGCGGGAACCUUCGUAUUCUGUUGGGGAAUGGGGUGGCAGAGUGUCAAGCAAAAGAAGGUCGUCACUCCAGAGGCAUAGGAUGUUGGCCAAGUCAGCACCGCACAGUGUACUUUUCGUUGGGACAGGUUUAGACGAGCGAGGGAUAAAAACUCAGGCGCUAGUGGUCGUUUUAAUCCAGGAGAAUUAGAUCCGAAACUUUCUUUGGCCAGACCGAGGUCGCCACGUCAUGGUUGGAGAAUAAUAGGCACGUUACAUGUACUCCG